CAGACCGAGGGAGGAUACGGCGACCGCUGUCACACAACCAGCCGCUGUCAUCUAAACCAGCCUGACCCACUGACUUACAUAAAGCGAUGGCGGACGAGGAACUGGUGAAGAAGAUGGUACGGGCAGUGCUCCAGUCCAGUAAGGGUGGCGUGUCACUGUCUGACCUGCAGGUAGAGUAUAAAGACCUGACAGGUGAGCUCAUACCUUAUAAACAGCUGGGAUAUGCCACACUGGAUGCCCUUCUGCAAAGCAUGCCUUCAAUAGUAAAACUGGAUAAAGGGCAGUCUGGGGAGGUGGUGUGCCAUGCUACCACAGGGAACGAGAUGGCUCACAUUACUAAGCUUGCGGCCCGGCAGCGCACGGCUAAGAAGACCGGCCGACCUCAGGUGGUGAACUGUCAAAUGAGAGUUAAACCUGCAGCCCCGCUUGUGCUGAACGCUAAGCCAAGGACAUCUUUGAGACAGCCCGAUCACCGUGGACGUCUGGGGCGAGGUGGAGGUCGCGGACAUGGAGACACUCGAACUGGAAGCAUGAGGGACCCCCAGCCUGAUGGGAAAGGCGGAAGACCCCACAACACACCCCCAAACACACCCAGCAGAAAACCCUCCCUUCCCUCAGAAAGACCAGAGAAAAGGAUGACCCUUCCCUCCAGAUUCCAGAAAGAAGUCCACGCUCAUAUCCUCAGAAACCCACAACACAUUAAUGUCCCUUCGAACCUUAAUGAAAACACAACUCCACCAAAACCCAGACUGCCUCAUUCUGCACCUUACAGUCCCAAGCUGGUGCAGUCCCGUCUUCAAGAGGUUCUUAACAAGCACAGCAAUGGCCUCUGGGUAUCCAAGCUGCCUCAGCUGUAUCGAGAGCAUUAUAAACAAGACCUGCCCAGUGAAGCCCUGAAAGAGCUGGAAAACUGGACUCACAUCUGUACUGUUGAAAAACCAUGCAGCAGCAAACCUCAAGAAUUGUUGCUAUACCCUGCUAAAGAAACUAGCCAGAUCACCCCACCUCCCACACACGACAGAUCCCCAUCUCAUCACAAAAAACCUCAGAUUCAAAGACCUUCUCCUACCGCCAAAUCAAGCACUCCAGAGUCCCCCAAGGCUCUAUCGCCGGACCUCAAGCAGAAGCUUGGAGAGCUGCUCUUGAAAUACAGCAGUGGUUUGUGGGCCCAUGCUCUGCCUAAAUUGUAUCAGGACACAUAUAAAUGUAAACUACCGGAGUUUGUGCUGGACCAGCUCACCCUGCUUUCAGAUAUAUGCACAAUUGACUACCCUGUGCCAGACAACCCCAAAAGAGCGAUUCUGUAUGCAAAAGUGGUGGAGGACGAGAACCGUAACCAGUCAGGUUUGGCUGGUCCAGAGAUGAAAUUAGAGCGACGUUUGAGCAGCCAGACUGUUCCUCCUCUGGUCAUUCCUAGAGUGGAGUAUCCUUCUGUCCUGGUGGUGGAUGCAAGUGACACAAACUGCGUCAUUCUGAGGUACAUAGGUGAAGGUUACUCCAAGGCACAGGAGAAGUUGGAGGAUGAAAUGAGAGAGUUCUAUAGACAGGACAACACAAAGAUGGCUCUGAGCUCCUCAUCACCAGGUCAGCUGACUGCUGUAGGUGCUGAGGAAGAGGACGACAUCCUCCGAGCGCAAGUAUGUGAGGUCAUGGCUGACAAGGUCAAGGUGUACUAUGUGGAUCAUGGCUUUUCUGAAGUCAUCAGCAGGAGCAAACUAUUUGAGUUAAACGAAAAGUUUUAUAGAUUGCCUUUCCAAGCUACCAAAUGCAAACUAGCAGGCCUGGAGUCAUUCAGCCAGGAACAGGCGGUACUGAAGAAGUUGGAGUCCAUUGCCACUGGAAAGAUCUUAUUGGCUGAGAUCUUAGAGCGUGAAGACAUGCCUCUGGUGGUUCUGUAUGACACAUCACAAGAUGAUGACGUCAACAUCAAUGCAGCCUGUAUGAAAGCUCUGCAAGAUCGAUCCCUAGAGAGUCCCUUAAAGGUGAACAGUGCAUAUAUGAAUGUGAGUGUGACCAGCGUUUGCUCCGACGGGACGAUCUACUGUCGGGUGCCCUCUAGAGGCCUGACUAAACUCAACGAAAUUCUAGAGAAAACUGAAAUAUUUCAUUCCCAGGUCACCUCAGAUUCUUUGGUUUCACGUCCUUUCUGUGGCAAAAACUGUUUGGCUCGAUAUAAAGGAAAAUGGUCUCGAGUGGAGAUAACAAACCUGCACGGCAGCCGGGUGCUGGAUAUCUUGUUUGUGGAUGUAGGCGUCCAGGCAUCAGUCGAGGUCAUUGAGUUGAGAGAGAUCCCACCUCCUCUGCUGCGUGACCUCAUAUCCACCCCAGCCCAGGCGCUGAAGUGUUGUUUGGCUGGUCUGCCGGUCAGCGCAGGCUUAUGGACUCCUGAUGCUGUCCAGUGGCUGAGAGACACGGUUCUGCACAUCAGUGACUGCAGCUUGAAGAUUGCUAAAGUGGAUGAGACCAAACGCCUCGCUCACGUCUAUCUCUUUACCAGCAAGAACUUCCAUGACACAAGUUGCAGUUUAAACCAGCAGUUGGCCGAUUCAGACCUGUGGAACCAUCAGAAGGAUGUUUUCUUAAGCAGUCGAGGGCCUUUAAAAUCCCUCAAUGUCCCGACCACCACCCAGACCCCCAGCCUCAGGACCGACAGAGUGGAUAAAGUCCCACACACACCCAAGAAGACGUCUCCUCCACUGGGAAGCAAAAGCACGCCUGCAGGCUCUCCACCUGAACGCCUGGCUCUUCCACCAGCGCUGGAGCUGCCUGACAUCGGCCAGAAUAUGGAUGUGUUUGUUUCAGUGGCAUGUCAUCCUGGGCACUUUGUGCUACAGCCGUGGCAGGAUAUGUAUAAACUGGUGGUUUUGAUGGGGGAGAUGAUUCUGCAUUAUAAUAAGAUGGAGGAGAAACAGCUUAAAGUUGAGAAGAACCAGGUCUGUGCUGCCAAGGUGGAAAACAAUUGGUACCGUGUACUGGUAAAAGGAGUCCUGACCAAUGGUCUGGUGUCAGUGUUUCAGCUGGACUAUGGCAAGCAUGAACUGGUUAGCGGCACCAAGCUCCGGCCCCUCACCCAGGAGUUCUGCCAGCUCCCCUUCCAGGCCAUUACUGCUCAACUAGCAGGUCUAAAACCCAGGCAGUGGUCUGAGGAGGCCUCCAUUGUGUUCAGAAACCACGUUGAGAAGAAGCCUCUGGUUGCCCAACUGGAAUCAGUGCAGGAGGCAUCCCAGCCCUGGGAACGUAAGGUGAUGAUCUACUUGGUGGACACUUCUCAAGAGGAACGGGACAUUUGGCUGCAUGAUAUCAUGGCUGAAUUCACUGAUGAGAUGACCAAGACAGCGUAGAAGUUCUAGCAUAGAGUGUUCUUGAAAGGUUCUCAUUAGGUAGUUCAUUAGUAUUCCAUAGAUUUAAUGCUUUAUUUUUUACAAAUGUAACUCGAACGUGUAUCUGCGUAAGCAAAUGUGAAAUAUAGUUUAAGGGUCCAACUUUUAGACAGAAGUAUUGCAAUUUAUAGCAAAUGUUAUGUUAAAUUAGCAUAAUGUUUUAUGCUCUUUGAUAGCAGCAUCAGUUUAAUGCAUUAAGUAAGCUAUUGCCUUUGCUUUAAAGGGAUAGUUCAUCCAAAAAUGGCAGUUCUGUCAACAUUUACUCACCUUUUACUUCUUUCUUUCUUUUGUUGAACACAUUCUGAAAAAAAGCUGUAACCGUUGACUUCCUUAGUAUUUGUUUUUCCUAUUAUGAAAGUCAAUGGUUAGAGGUUUUCAGCUUCUUAUUAUCCUCUUUUGUGUUUAACAGAAGAAAGAAACAAGUAAAUGAUAACAGAAUUUUCAUUUAGGGUGAACUAUCCCUUUAACACAAAACAGUUGUGGUCAAUUAUCAAUCUUCAACGCCACCUAAAAUUAAUAAUAUUCACUACAGCUGUACCAAAAUCUGAUGCCGCCAAUCAUAUUCUACAAUGUAUUUCAAAACCAUCAGAAUACGUUAUAUAAGUUUGACUGUCCAGAUGAUGUGGCAUGCUUCAUGUUUCGAGCAUAGCAUGUUACAAAGCUGCCACUUUACUAGUUAUAUGGUCCAAAAGAGACUAACAACGCACAGUGCUCUAUCUUGCACCAAGUCGAUAGUGUGUCGUUUAAAAAAAUGUUUACAUGAAGUAGCUUUUUGGAGUCUAAAAGGCAAAAGCUCCUCGCGCUCGAGACGUACGUGUAUGAGCUCUGGUUUUAGAAUUAUUUAUUUAGUUUUCUUAUUGAGUCUUACUAAUAGUAUAGUGGAGGCUUGAAAUGUUUGGGGUUUGCUACAAUGUGGCCAUCCAAUGUGUUUUAAAAGACAUAACUCAAAAGUUUUGUUACGUGAAUAUGCUGAAACUUGAAAGAUAAACUUGUGUUGGCAUGUAGAUGUUUUAAUUACAGACGCUAAAUACUUUAGUGAUAAAAGUGGAACAAAUUAUUGGUUAAAAAAAGUAGAUCACUUAUGUUUAAGCCACAUAGAUUUCCUACAUCGUAAUGUUAUAAAAAAUAAAAACAAUCUUGUUAAUACACCUUUCUGGUCUUAUUGCGAAUGAAAAAAGUGUUUUGUUUUUUCAAAAUCAUCCCUUCCUGUACAAUAUUAACCAAAUAAUGUCCUAUUCUUCUUUUUUUCUCUCAGAAUUGUCAAAUUCUGAAAAAUUAAAUGUGUUCUGAAUGAUUUAAGAUGUCCACUAACAUAAUAUCUAA